AUUUUUACAGUUUACUCAUAGUAUUAAUGUUAACUGAUAAUUCGUUGCGUUUGUUGUAAGUUCGGACGCUGAAUUUCUGUCUCUAAGGCUUGGCUGGAAACGCAGACGCGAUGACCCACAACUUUUUACUGAAGGCUUCUUUACUGUACAAAGACAUUUGCCCUGAACAGUCGCGCUUUCUCCUGCAGAGGCAUCAGAGCACUGCCGCUGCAUUGCCGCAGUCUAUAAUCUGCCCCUUCUGUUUCGAGUGGCGGAAACUGGGCAAUCAUCACGUGCGUCUGCGGCCCAAGCGGAAGCCCACGGCGAGGAUCAGACGACUUCUAAAGAGAGAGUCUGCAGGAAAGAGACUCAGCGCUGAACAGACUGCAGUCCUGCAAAAGUUUAAAAGAGCCUCCAAUGCUAUGAUGGCGACCUGUCACACCUGUAAUAAAGUGUCCAGACAACCUGGAAUGAACCGGGAGCUUCUGGUGUCCCUUUCAAAACACAAAAGUACGCCUGGAAGCGCAAGCAAACACCGAACACCACAGACAGUCAACUGGGCCACUCCCAAAUCUGUGGCAAACAGAACACCCAGCAGCACACCAAGGUCAGCAUCUUCAAACACCAGCUCAUCUUCAUCAUCAAAGUCCAGCAGUGUGAAAUCGUCACCAUUCGCUCGUCUCAAGAAGAUCCUCAUGCUGGAAAACAAACAACAGGGCAAGAAAGGUGGUCUGAAGGACUUUCUCUCUUCUCUUUGAAGACCUCAAAGCUGCUGCUGAAAAAAAAGACUCUGGUUUACUUUGAGGGAAGCUGCUGAAAUUCAGAGGUCGAUCACUUCACUUCAUGGGUAACAAUGCCAUCUAGUGGAGGAGUCAUUAGAGACUGGAUUAUCUGGAACAGAACUUCUCCUUUCCUUUCACUUGUUUAUGGAUCCUUGUGGACUUUUACACUGCCAGUCAGAGGUGUGGGAUAGUGUUUUACAUGUCUAUAAGAAGUCUAUUCUGCUCACCAUCCAAGGGUGCAUUUAUUUGAUCAAAAUAAAGGAAAGCUGUAAUAUUGUUGCAUAUUAAUGCAAUUUAAAAUAACAUCCUUACUAAUUAAUGUGGUUUACAGGUUUAUAAUUUUUUUAUUACUCCUGUUAUAUACUGUAUUAGUACUGUAGUCUCCAGAGUCACAUGAUCUUUCAGAAAUAAUUCUGAUAUGAUCUGCUCUGAAAAAAUAUAUAUUAUUAUUAUCAAUAUAUUGUUAUUAUAAUUAUCAAUUAUUUUUAUUAUUAUUAUUAUCAAUAUAUUAUUAAUAUUGUCUAUUAUUAUUAUUAUCAAUGUAUUAUUAUUAUUAUCAAUAUAUUAUUAUUAUUAUCAAUAUAUUAUUAUUAUCCUUCUCAUCAUCAUCAAAAUAUUAUUAUUAUCAUUAUUAUUAUUAUUAUUAUCAUCAGUAUAUUAAUAUUAUUAUCAUGCUUCAUAUAUUGAACUAUAAAUGAGUACUAGUCAAAAGUACCAUUACAAUUAUACUUUCUUUUAUUAAUAAAGGACACUGUAAGACUUUAAAAUUCAAAAAAAGGAUCAAAUAAUUCAAACAAAUUGCUGUUUUGGAUCUUUUUCAUCAUAAAAUCCUCAAAAAUUUAAUGUAUCACAGUUUCCACUCAACUUUAAAUCAGAUUUUUAUUAUUUAAAGAGGCUUUAUUUAAUGAUGUACUUAAAAUAGUAAUUGUGAAGAGUUAUUAUUCAUAAUUUAGUGCACAUAUUAUUUGAUUUAUAAUCCAAACAAAAUUUAAAAAAAUGUAUUAAAAAUGUGACACUGAAUACUGGAUUAUUAAUGUUGUAAAUUCUGCUUUAAAUCUCAGCUAUAAAUAAAAAUGUAAACCAUUACUCUACUAUAAUAUUUUACAAUUGAACCGUUUUACUGUAUUUCUGAUCAAAUAAAUGCACCCCUUUUAGAUUGAUUUAUAAAUGCUUACUGACUCCCUCACUUUGGACUGUGUAAGUGACAUAAAAAAACAUCCUUUUUUACAGUAGAGUGUAACUUGUGCUACAGAACCAUGCUGUGACUUUUUACAUGUUAUUUGCUUAUUAUUUUCACGAUACUGCACAUUCAUUUUUCUACUGGAAAGAUUCACUUUUAUAUGUGGUGUGUUUCAUCUUUAUUUUAUAUGUUUUGAAUUCACACAUUUGUAUCCGCAACUCUUACAUUUGGAUCACUGAUAUUAAAAGAAGGAUUGUAUUUA